CACUUAAUUUGUUAUUAACAAAUAAAGACUAGAUGGAAUUGAAACCUCUAAAUGUAAAUCAAUCCAAGUGUCAAUUUGAGCAUCCCUCAUAGUAAAUAUAAAGAGUAAAUAUAUCACAUCCUAAUUUGAAAAAAAGUACUUCCUUUUAAAAGGGCGCUUUGACAAUCAAAAUGGAGCUGCGCGCUGCAGCCAAACAUUACGGUAGGAGAGUCUCCAGGUACAGGUGCAGGUGAUUGACAGGUGAGAGAGGUGUCGCAUCAGGAGGCACCGCGAGGGCAAAGGGAAGGUAGCCUAUAGACUGGAUUAUUUCAUGAGCCUACAGGCACUGGUAUGGAUGUUAGAGGUCGACGGGAACAUUAAGGACGUCUAUGGAGCUGUGUGGUCCCAACAUGAGUGAGAGUGGAGGCUCUCUGUGCCAGGUGAAGCAGCUUCCCUGCCACAGCGUCCCCCUUUGUCGCCUGCAGGCCGGUGGACAUCACAUGCACAACCUCCCCCACCUCACCCACCCGCCGUGGGCCAACCACCCAGCCCCAGCCGUCGUCUCCAGCCCGGCUGUGGCCGUCCGACACAGGGUAAAUGGAGCCACGGCGGCCAGCUGCAGCGGCCCGGACUGCACGGCCUCUAGACUGGAGGAGGAGGUGGCACUGGCCCGGGGUACCUCCAAAGGGAAGGUGGUGGUGACAGGAGGAGGGGGAUAUUUUGGGUUUAGGCUGGGGAGGGAACUGGCCCGUCAGGGGCUGUCAGUGAUCCUUCUGGACAUGAACAAGCCUCCCUGUGAUGUCCCUGAUGGUGCAAUCUUCUAUCAGAGUGACAUUCGAGACUAUCCUUCCCUCUAUAAAGUGUGUGAGGGAGUCGACUGUAUAUUCCACACAGCGUCUUACGGCAUGUCCGGACCAGAACAGCUGCGGAAAGAGCAGGUGGAGUCAGUCAACGUUGGAGGGACGAAUAAUGUUAUAAACGUCUGUAAGGAGAGGAGCAUCCCCCGGCUGGUGUACACCAGCACCAUCAACGUGGUGUUUGCGGGGAAACCAAUUGAGGAUGGUGAUGAGGAUUCGGUGGCGUACGUGCCCCCCGACGUGCACAUUGACCAUUACUCCCGAACUAAAGCGAUUGCAGAGCAGAUGGUCCUCUCAGCCAACGGAUGCUCCCUGAAAGGAGGAGAACUGCUGCAGACCUGUGUCCUGCGACCGUGUGGCAUUUAUGGACCAGAGGAGAGGAGACAUCUUCACAGGGUGAUGGUGAACGUGGAGCGGCGGUUGUUCAGUUUCAGGUUCGGGGACCCCCAGGCCAGGAUGAACUGGGUACACGUAGACAACCUGGUGCUGGCUCACACUCUGGCAGCUGAGGCUCUCACACUGAAGAGGAGCUGUGCUGCUAGUGGACAGGUCUAUUUCAUUAAUGAUGGAGUUUCAGUCAAUCUCUUUGAGUGGCUGACACCUUUGUUUGAAAAGCUGGGCUACAGCAGACCAUUGAUAAAUCUCCCUGUUUCACUGGUCUAUUCAGCAGCCAUCCUGGUGGAAUACUUGCAUGUAGCUCUAAGGCCGGUGGUAACAGUGCCUCUACUUUUUACCAGAAGUGAGGUUAGGAACAUUGCAGUAAGCCACACUUUCAAGAUCGACAAGGCCCAUCGAGAGCUGGGUUACUGUCCGAAGCCGUACAGCCUGGCAGACUCUGUGGAACAGUACCUGAAGUCCCAAAAGCCUUGCUCCACCUCACCUUUUUUCAACCUCUCCUGGACCUCACAGCACCUCAUCCUGCUGCUGCUGAUGGGUCUCAUUCUGGUGCUACUAAUGUUAUCCUGCAUAUUCUGUCAGAACUAAACAAUUUUUGCAGUACUGGAUGGAUGGCUGCACUAUAAGCUGUCUCAGGUAUUGUAAUUUAAAAUAAGACACUUCACUUGUUUGUUAGGAAAUAAAUUGUUUUGCUUCUUUUUUUUUCUCAUGAAGGUGAUGGUUUAUUCUCACCACAGAUGACAGAUGUAAUAGAAUAUGCCCUAAAAUAAGUUUUCAAAGUUCAAAGUUAUGGAAUAUCCCUUUGAUGUAAGUACAUGUAUUAUCUCUCCACCUUAUUGACAUUGGUAUAUGUGUAUCUAAUUUCAAAAUGAUGAAAUUACCGGGCUGCUGAAAAGUAUUAAACUUGAGUUGUGUUGUCUACAGUUGAAGUUACUAUGAUUUCAUUAAAAGGAAAAAAUACAUAGCUUUGUAUUACAGAUAUUCAAAUUUUAAUUGAUUGUAUGUAAAGCAUGUUACCAGUUUCUAUUAUAAAGAUUUGUUGAGAUUUACAUCUUUAGAAUUUAGUAUUUAACUGGCAAUUUUGUAAAC